GGCCAAACCCAAUGGCAUUACUGUCAUUCUAAAUAUUUGUGUAUAUAUAAACACCAUAUCGAGGGUUCAAUAUUCGCCCCUCCUUCGAACUCUUGAGAGAAAGCAGCCGCUCCCCUAUCCAGCUCCUCAUCAAGGUUCAAUCAUAAUGGAUAGCCAGAUUAAGUUUGCUGUGGUGGUGAAAAUUAUGGGACGGACCGGUUCCCGUGGUCAAGUGACUCAAGUGCGAGUCAAGUUUUUGGAUGAUCAGAACCGGUUCAUCAUGAGGAACGUGAAGGGACCGGUCCGUGAAGGAGAUAUUCUCACGUUGCUCGAGUCUGAGAGAGAAGCCAGGAGGCUUCGUUGAUCGUUUUUUUUAAAAUUAAUUUUGGCUUGAUUUCAACUAUCUACUGUGUUCUCUUGAAUUGCUUAAAAUAGAUGUUUUCGUAUAUCGAGACUUGCUAUUUGGGUUAAUGGUUGUUCAAAAGAGAUUUAUUUUAUGACGUUGAAAUGAACUGAAUUUGUUUUUAGACA